AUGAAAACAACUUAUCCUCGUAAUUAAUUGUUCGCAAAAUAGUUUAAGUUUCGGGCGUUUUUAAAUCCUGAACGUGCUUCAGAAAGGUUGCGUGCAGCCGAGAAACAUCCGUAAUGGACCAUCCUAGACCGUGUGGCUGUAAAGGGCGCCGAACGUGCCUGAGCUGCGAAGCCGAGUUCGGUAUUGUGCGGAGCGAUUUCCGGUCCACAUUUCAGAACUGUGAAUCGUACGUUUACUGCCCGCUAUGCAACCGGAUCUAUCCCGGGUGGGAUGUAGAUCAGGUGAUGGCCGAGCAUUCGUCAUCUCCGAAUGCUGCCCCUCACGGUGGCGCUACCGGCGAGGAGUACGGUGGGGUUUUUAUCGAUCUAAACUUCCUUUCGGUUGAGGAUGAAACGGAGCUGAUGCGCACCUUGGACGAGAUGCCAUGGGAUAUAUCGCAAAGUGGACGGCGCAAGCAAAACUUUGGCCCGAAGACAAACUUUAAAAAGACUCGUCUAAAAGAGGGCCAAUUUGUGGGAUUUCCCGCGGCGACCGAGUUUGUACAGCGAAGGUUUAAAAGUGUACCGCUGCUGGCAUCCUUCCAGACGAUCGAACAGUGCUCACUGGAGUACGAUCCGGAACGAGGUGCUUCGAUCGAUCCGCACAUUGACGAUUGUUGGAUCUGGGGCGAAAGGAUCGUGACGGUGAACCUGUUGAGCGAUUCCGUGCUAACGAUGUCCCUAUACCGAGGCGCGGAUGAUAAGCCAAAGUAUAACCUACAGUUCGUGGAACAGUAUCGGGACCGGUUGUUGGGCCAGCUGACCGACGAGCAAUCGCUGGCUAGCUACGAAAAUCGGAUAGUAAGAAUCCCGAUGCCAAGGCGUUCCUUGCUCGUCCUGUACGGCUCACCACGGUACCAGUGGGAGCAUUCAGUGCUGCGGGAAGACAUACGCGAACGCCGGGUGUGUCUGGCGUACCGUGAGUUCACACCCAUGUAUUUGCAGGAUGGUAACGAAUUUAGUCAAAGUGAGGAGAUCUUCAAGCGAGCAAAGCUGUUCUGGGAUCACCGGAAAGCGGCCUUAGUAAGCUAAGCAAAGUGGUCCAUUUCGGAUGGUUAGGAAUCAUCAUGAAACCGGAAUAAAGACGG